AUGCGCGGGCGCAGCGCCUUGGAUCCGUACGACCACACGACAAAGAGCGAUGUUGGGAACUUUGAAGGCACCGCGUGGUCGCUGAGCUCGGCCAAGCCGCAGCAUGGUGUCGCGCAGCUCAUGGACGACAGCCUCGAGACGCUCUGGCAGAGCGACGGAGGGCAGCCCCACACCGUCCAUAUCCACUUUCCGAAGCGCACGGCGGUGACGCAUGUGUCUAUCUACCUCGACUGCCGCCGCGACGACUCGUAUACCCCUGCCAAGAUUCUCGUGAAAGCCGGCACCCAUCCCUAUGACCUUGUCGACGUGCGCUACCGCGAGUUCACCGAGCCCCAGGGCUGGUACCACUUUCUGCUCGAUAAGCACGACGCGGACGUGCCGGAAGAAGACGGCGUGCCGCUCGUCCUGCCCGCGAUCGACGUGUUUGUGCUGCAGGUGUGCAUCCUCGGCAACCACCUCAACGGAAAAGAUACCCACAUCCGCGGCAUGAAGGUGUUUGGACCGCCGGCGCCAGGCACGCAGGCCGCACCGCGGCGGCCGCCGCAGGCGGCGCCGAUGGAGCGCCUCGUCCAGCAGGGCAUGCGCACGGACGCUUUUCAGCGCCAGGUCGCGCGUGUCGGCUACGAGCGCGCCAUUGCGCAGCUCCAGCGCAUCAUGCAGCAGCACGCCGCGGGCCCGCCGCAGCGCAUGCCCACGCGUGCGCCGGCGCGCCGCUCCGCGCUGACCAACUCUCUCCGGUAG